CGUAUGUCGUAGGCGAUCCGGUGUCCAUCUGGUGUUGUGGCCAAGUAUCCUUGUCAUCGAAAGAUUACCCGUUCGUGCCGCACCACGACACCAGAGGACAGACUCGCCCUGACCAACAUGUUCGUCGCGGUCCGGGAGCAGGACACAGAGCCGCCAUUCGAAUUUCACGGAAUAUUUGUGCCAAGAACUCAUGUUCCCCUCGUUUUACGGAGCAGACCGUCCUGGCGACCAGUGGAAACGCCCAAGGGCCCAGCCCUUGUUUGGGUUUGCCGUGUUUCUCCGCUGACGGCUGAGGCGGUAAUGGACUCGGCAGGCUGUCGCACUGGUGGCGGCGGAUAUCAGAUCAGGGUCGUGGAUGUGCCCCGCCGCCUGAACCUCAGCUGCAGCCUCCCUCCAUCCCGCAUUCGCGACUCACUCGAGCGGCGUUCCCCGGGCGAAGAAAGAGAGUGUGAGAAAGAGAAAGACUGGAGAUCCCACCAUCCCACCUCGCCGAGUCCAUCCUCAGACCGUGCCUCCAUCCCAGGGCCGCCGUCGCACUGCGCCCCGGGCCCGGACUCUUCUGCGUCGGGGCUUCGUCCUCCAGGCUUGCACUUGAACGAGUGGGGGCCGCCGGCCUUCCCUUUGCGGCUGGGCAAAAUCUCGUGCCCACCACUCACGGGCGCCAACGGCUUAUUGACAGCUCCACCCUGGCUGGCCCCGUCCCACGUACCGCCCUUGCACGACCCUCAAAGCCCAGCGUCCAGCGUCCACCAGCCGUCCCCAUCUCCUGCCUGCCAGGUCCUGCUCCCACUUCUCCUGUGA